AAUGUAAAUCUAACAGCAGUCAACAAACAGAAUCCACACCCCCAGCAUUUCUUCCAAAGCAAUCCCAACUCAUCUUCUUCCCAUUUAUACCAUAACUCUUCACAAACACGAUCAGAGAGAGAGAGAGAGAGAGAGAGAGAGAGAGAGAGAAAUGGGUUGGUUGAUAAAGGAACGGAGGGGUCCGGAGUGGAAGCAAGGGUGGGCGGAAAAGGCCAUCUCCGCCGUGUCUCCACCGCCGGCGCCUCUGCUGGGCGUCCUCGGCAUAUUGCUUCUUUUCCUGUGGCUCUCCUAUUACGCAGACUACAGGGCGCAGGUGCAGCGCACGGUGGUGAAUUCCAGGCUGCUCCUCUUCCUGCUGCCGGUGCUCCUGAUCUUCCUCAUGCGCUCCAUCGGAAGUCUCAAUCGCGAGAGGGUCGUGCUGGGGAUUCCCGGAGCCGGCCACCGCGACUCGAUUCACAGGGCGGGGAGCUCGCCGUGGGGGAUGGCGCUUCUGGUGGCGGUUCUGCUGGUGAUGGUCUCUUACCAGUCCUCCUUUCACAACAACUGGUUUCGACCACUUUGGAGGCACGAUUAGAUUAAUUCGAUAUUUAAUCACCAGCUAGCUUCGAUCAUCAUCUGCUUGUAUACGUACGAUGAGUCUAUUUUGGCAUAGGGCAUGUUGGAUUAGCUUUAAUCGUUGCUCAUUUAGGAGAUGGAAAUUUCCGAUUACUGUAGAUGGGGGUAAAAAGGUAAUAUAAAAUUGUGUUAAGUUUUAUUUAAUUAUAAGAUAAUUUAAAUUUAAGUUCGAAA